UCAAGAACGGCGGGCGGCAGGGCGCGCACCCACGGCCUUGGCGGCGCGCACCUCGCCGCCUUGUUUACAUUCUCCCGCCCGGCCGCCUCGCACGCCGCCAGCCAUGGGGGAGGCCGGUAGAAUCCGCCGGUUGGACGAGACAGUGGUCAACCGCAUAGCAGCUGGAGAGGUUGUCCAGCGCCCCGCCAACGGACUCAAGGAAAUGAUAGAGAACAGCCUGGACGCAAAAGCCACGUCUAUACAAGUGACUGUCAACCAGGGCGGACUCAAGUUCAUGCAGAUACUGGACAAUGGAACAGGCAUCAGGAAGGAGGACAUGGAUAUCGUAUGCGAGCGGUUUACCACCAGUAAGCUACGCGCCUUCUCUGACCUGACCAGCAUCGGCACUUAUGGGUUCCGUGGCGAGGCACUGGCAUCAAUAAGUCACGUGGCACACUUGACCAUUGUUACCAAGACCAAGGAGGACAAGUGUGCAUGGAGAGCCAGCUAUGUCGACAGCAAGCCUUCGGGGCCGCCCAAACCCUGUGCAGGAAAUCAGGGAACUCAAAUAACAGUCGAGGAUUUAUUCUAUAACGUACCCACAAGACGCAAAGCCCUCAAGAGUCCAGCGGAGGAGCACGCCAAGGUGUUUGAGGUCGUCAGCCGAUAUGCUGUCCACAACGCAACCAUCGGCUUCACCCUAAAGAAACAGGGCUCCCAGACCACCGAUCUCCGCACCCCGCCCCGGUCCACCCCAACAGACAAUAUUCGGUCCAUCUUCGGUCCGUCAGUGGCGCGGGAGCUCCUUGCGGUGGAGUGCAGGGACGAAAGACUGAGGUUUAGCUGUGAGGGUCUCGUGAGCAACGCAAAUUACUCCGUUAAGAAAUGCGUGUUUCUCCUCUUCAUUAAUCAUCGUUUGGUGGACUCACAAGCGCUGCGCAAGGCCCUGGAAACUGUAUACGCCUCCUACCUCCCCAAGGCUGGACACCCCUUCAUAUACCUCUCUCUCACCCUUCACCCCUCCACCCUGGACGUUAAUGUGCACCCUACCAAGCAUGAGGUGCACUUUCUACACCAGGACGAGGUGGUGGGAGCCGUCCAGAGGUGCGUCGAGGCAAGGUUAUUGGGGUCAAACGCCUCACGGACUUUCUAUACACAAGCCCUCCUCCCUGGCGCCGGAUCCCUCCCUCCCCCCCCAAGCUCGGAGGAAGGGAAAAACAACAACAACAAGAACAACAACAACAACAGCAACAGAGAUAAAGACAGAGAAAAGGUUUACGCCCACCAAAUGAUUCGAACAGACUCUCGCGAACAAAAAAUGGAUAAGUUCUUGAGGAAUGGAAGAGAGGAGGAGAACAAGGAAGAAGGAGGAGGAGGAGGAGGAGGAGGAGGAGGAGAGGAAGGAGGAAAGUCUAUCUCCGCAGCCACACCUCAACAGCAGAACAGACGCGAGAUCCAGCUGACCUCCAUUCUGACGCUGCAACAGGAAGUGGAGUCGGCCGUCCACUCGCAUCUCCUGGAGGCUGUGCGUAACCUGACCUUCGUGGGGUGCGUCAGCCCUCGCCACGCACUCAUACAGCACACCCACGCACUCUACCUGGUCAACACGUGUUCCCUGAGCGAGGAACUCUUCUACCAACUAACUCUCAACAAUUUUGGCAACUUUGGAAUUCUGAAAUUAUCGAGCCCGGCCAGCGUCCAAGACCUAGCCCACAUCGCCCUGGACCUUCCCGAGAGUGGCUGGUCCGAGGGGGAUGGUGACAAGGGUGACCUGGCUGGCUACAUCAAAGCCCUCCUGUCAUCCAAGGCGGAGAUGCUGGAUGACUAUUUCAGCUUGCGGAUUGACGAGGAAGGGCGGCUCUGUACGCUGCCAUACCUCCUGGACGGCCACCAGCCCAGUAUGGAGGGUCUACCGGUCUUCAUCCUGCGCCUGGCCUCGGAGGUGGACUGGGACAAUGAGAAGGACUGUUUUGACACGCUGGCGAGAGAGCUGGCGAGGUUCUACGCUGUGCAGGACAAGACACCACUGGAAGAAGAAGAUGAUGAAGAGGAGGAGGAGGAAGAGAAGAAGAAGAAGAAGAGGGAAACUGAAACUGAGGAAGAAGGAAAGGAAGAAGAAGAAGAAGAAGAAGGAGGAGGAGGAAACAAAGCAGAAGAAGGAAGAAGAGGAAGAGGAGGAGGAGGAGGAGGAGGAGGAGCUUGGAAGUGGGCUAUUGAACACAUUAUCUUCCCAGCGAUUAAAAAACAUGUUCUUCCUCCUCAACACUUUGCCCAAGACACAACCUUCCUGCAGAUUGCCAACUUGACCGAGCUGUACAGAGUGUUUGAGAGGUGCUAGGGAGGAGGAGGAGGAGGAGGAGGAAGAGGAGGAGGAGGGAGAGAGAGAGGAAGGGGUUGGUUGGAGAGAAAGAGAGGGAGAGAGAGAGGAAGGGGUUGGUUGGAGAGAAAGAGAGGGAGAGAGAGAGGAAGGGGUUGGUUGGAGAGAAAGAGAGGGAGAGAGAGAGGAAGGGGUUGGUUGGAGAGAAAGAGAGGGAGAGAGAGAGAAUGAUAGAUAUUGAGAAACGGAAGAGAGAGAGAGAGAGAGAGAGAGAGAG